AUGGCAAACAGUAAGUACGAGUUCGUGAAGAACGCUGAAGUAGAAGACAAAAUUGUGUACCCCAACUUGAUCGUUGUUCGAAUCGGCGGCCAUGAUUUUCGUCGAUUUUCCAAAGUUCAUGAGUUUGAGAAACCAAAUGAUGAAAGAGCCUUAAAUUUGAUGAAUGCUUGUGCAACUUCUGUUAUUGAAAAGUUUCCAGAUAUAGUUUUCUCAUAUGGAUUUAGUGAUGAGUACAGUUUUGUUCUAAAGAAGGAAACCGAGUUUUAUGAGAGGCGUGCCAGACCGAUUGUGGUACUUGAAAGUAUUUAUUUAGAGCUGGCGGAGUAA